GCAGGACACAAAGCGAAGCCCUGACAGGGCGGGGUCUCAGCUGUUGCCGGUGUGCGGGUACAAGGGGGCAGCAUGUCAGCGGAGGGCGAGGAGCAUAACCCAGCCAGCUAUGACAGCCGGUGCAUCUUCUGCAAGAUCUCCAACAACCAGGAGGGUGAUGCCGAAUUAUUGCACUCUGAUGAGGAUCUCACCUGCUUUAGAGACAUAAGACCUGGAGCACCACAUCAUUAUCUAGUGGUACCCAAGAAGCAUAUAGGAAACUGUAAAACCUUAACCAAUGAACAUGUAUCACUAGUUAUGAAUAUGGUAGAAGUUGGGAAGAACGUUCUACAGAAAAAUCAUGUCACAAAUUUGGAGGAUAUCAGGUUAGGCUUCCACUGGCCUCCUUUCUGCUCGAUAUCCCAUUUACAUCUACAUGUUCUGGCUCCAGCCAGCCAACUGGGAUUCCUUUCAAAAAUGAUUUACAGGCUCAAUUCUUAUUGGUUUAUUACGGCUGAGCAACUCAUCGAGCGUCUUCAAGCAAACACAACCACAAGCUGAAAUACGGUUUGCCUCACAUUCUUGGAUAUCAUUCCAGAAGGAUGGACCACACUAUACCAGUCCAACUAAGAAAGAACACCAGUCAGAAUCUCCUAAUCCUUUAUGAAUGACUGCGG